AUGAAGCUGCUUUUAGUUUCGUUCUGUGCGUUGCAUAUCUUGUUUUUAGAUACGGCAAUCGGCCGGCCGGCCAAAAGAACUUCUCCAAUAUCAAUAGAGGACGAGAAUGUUUUGGAGCAAAUUAGUGGUCAUUUCGAAGGCGAUAUCAUACUCUCACCCGAACAGUCUGAUGCAGUGCAGAACGGUUAUACAGCUCUGCUUGACCUGAAGAAGUGGCCCAACGGCAUCGUGUACUACACAAUUGAUACAUCAGUUUUCACGAUGGCUCAGCAGAAUAACAUUCGUACCGCUAUGGACCAGAUCGAGCUGGUGACCUGUGUCAGAUUUGCACCCCGCACAACUCAGAAAGGUUUUGCAUUAAUUUCGGGCACAGCUACAUCUGGAUGCUCAUCAACCCUUGGAUAUCAUGGCGGGCAACAACAAGUAAACUUGCAACCAAACGGCUGUACGGGCGUGGGCACUAUUAUUCACGAAUUGCUGCACACGCUCGGCUUUGCGCAUAUGCAAUCUGCUUCCGAUCGGGACUUUUAUUUGGAUUUCAAUUGGGACGCCAUUCAGGACGGCACCAUAGGUAACUUCAAGCUCUACAAUUCAGAUCAGGUCACAGAUUUCGGCAUUCCUUACGACUACGAAAGUGUUAUGCACUACGGAAGGACAGCAUUUUCCAAAAAUGGUCAGCCUACGAUCAUUCCCAAGAAGCCGAAUGCCAUCAUCGGGCAGCGCAACGGCCUCAGUACCAAAGAUAUCAAACGAAUCAACCAUCAAUACCCAGACUGCUACUAA